AUGAAACUUUAAAAAAUGAGAGUAACCUUGUCCCAAAAUCCUAAAGAAACUACAAACUGCCCAGUCUACUAUCAUCAAGCACAAACCCAGUACAUACAUCAAAAUCCAAAAACAAUUAUCCAAAGCUCUGAUUAUUGUACCCUACCAAUUCUCACUAAUUGGAAUUACCUCAUAAGGAAUCACAUCUCUCAAGGAUCACUUAGAGAUGCUCUUGUUGUGUACAAUAAUGUUAGGCGAAAAGGACUUGACUAUGUGGGUGUAGUCCCUUUAAUUCUCAAGGCUUGUGCUUCUCUUUCUUUCCUUGGUUUUGGGAAAGCUUUGCACGCCGAGACGAUAAAGACCGGGGUGGAUUGCAAUGUGAUUGUUGGGACCUCAUUGCUUGGUAUGUAUGCUAAAUGUGGUGAUAUCAUCAAUUCACGUAAAGUGUUUGAUUAUUUGCCUGAGAGAAAUGUUGUAACAUGGAAUGCCAUGAUUGGUGAAUACUUGAGGAAUAAAGAUACGAAUUCUGCAUCAAUUUUGUUUGAAAAGAUGUCAAUAAGAAAUGCAGUGACUUGGAAUGAAAUGAUUGAUGGGUUUGCAACGGGUGGAGAUACUGGUAUUGCAAGGCAAUUGUUCAACAGGGUUCCUCAUGAGUUUAGGAAUGUGGUUACCUGGACUGUGAUGGUUGAUGGGUAUACCAGCAAUGGGGAGAUGGAGGCGGCAAGGGAAGUUUUUGAGGAGAUGCCACACCGGAAUUUCUUUGCAUGGUCUUCGAUGAUUUCUGGGUACUGCAAAAAGGGUGAUGUGAAUGAGGCCAAGGCUAUUUUUGAUCGAAUUCCUGUCCGGAAUUUAGUGAAUUGGAAUUCGUUGAUUUCUGGGUAUGCUCAGAAUGGUUUUUGUAUGGAAGCUAUGGGAGCAUUUGGCCAAAUGCAAGCUGAAGGAUUUGCACCUGAUGAAGUCACUAUUGUGAGUGUUUUAUCUGCUUGUGCUCAGUUGGGGCUGUUGGAUGCUGGUAAAGAAAUCCAUUGUAUGAUACAUCGUAAGAAGAUUCGGGUUAAUGUGUUUGUUUUGAGUGGAUUGGUUGACAUGUAUGCGAAAUGUGGGGAUUUGAUUAAUGCAAGGUUGGUCUUUGAAAGGAUGACUGAGAGGAACACUACCUGUUGGAAUGCUAUAAUCUCGGGUUUUGCCACUCAUGGACGAUGCAAAGAGGCUCUUGAGUUUCUUGACAGAAUGGAAAGUUCAAACAAAAGGCCUGAUGAUAUAACUUUUCUUUCUGUUCUCUCAGCGUGCGCGCAUGGCGGGCUUGUGAAUGAAGGUAUAGAAAUAUUCUCCAAGAUGGAGAAGUAUGGCUUGGAAGCUAGUGUCAGGCACUAUGGGUGCUUAGUUGACCUUUUGGGGCGAGCAGGGAGACUAAGAGAGGCUUACGAUCUGGUGAAGAGAAUGCCAAUGAAACCUAAUGACACAGUUUGGACAGCUAUGUUGGGAGCUUGUUGGAUUCAUCAGGACAAGGAUAUGACAGAAAAGAUAGUGAAAGAGAGCACACAAAAUGUGAACAUGGUGACUGCUACUGAUUCACAUUUCGUUCUUCUGUCACAUAUUUAUGCUGCUUCAGACAGCUGGGAGAAAGCUGAAAGGAUGAGAACGGUCAUGGGUAACAAAGGGCUACAAAAGACACCCGGGUGCAGCUUGAUUAUGCCAGGCAGCACUAAGAACACAUUUCGUGUUGAUGCUAGAUAGAGCAUAGAUCUGUACUGCAUUUUGCAUAACCAUGUUUGUUUCUAACUUUGACUAUAUGCUACUUUCCAAAAGGAUCCUGUCAUCACUGGAAGAAGGAACUAAUGUGAUUGACAUUCUGCUUCAGUUUAAUUGGAUAUUUUGCCCCUUCCCAUCCAAAACCAAGACUCACCACGCAAAGAGGUAUUCAGGAGCUGGCUGUCAAGUUUAAUGAUUAUCAGAAAGUUUAAUUGCAAAGGUGCUGAUACAGAGCUGGAAGGAUGGCCUUCUAUACCUACUUUGAUGCUUCAAACCCGUGUCAGGUAACUGCAAGAAAGCUUUUUACGAAUUUGAUAUGCACCAAAAAUGUAUGAUAUCAAGUUGAACCCAAAAUUUCCACCACCAACACACUUUGCUUUUAACUAUU